UGGGAGAGAGAGAGAGAGACGCAUAUAAGUGCUUCUCUCCCAAUUUUCUUUCUCUUUACUUUCAUUCCUCUCAACCACCGAUGACGGUGGCUCAGUCGCCGGAAACCACCCUUCACGGUGGCGAUACAAAUUCAUUAUAAAUGUUGUCCUAUUGUUUUUAUUUAUUAUUUUUUUUUUUUUUUGAAGUCUGUCAUUGAAGAGUCCGCCUUGUGUCUUUGUUUCAUGCUUCUUCUGUGGUAGACUUUAUUGUUCUUGCCUCCCUCUCUCCUUCUAUUUCUCUCUCUAGAAAGCCUCUCCCUUUAUAUCUUUUUCCCUUAUACGUUUCAUUAUUGCUUCCAUAAAUCCUUCUCUGAAACUCUCUCUCUCUCUCUCAUUGAUUCAUUUCAAUGGCUGUUCAAGCUCAAUACCCUUCCAAUGUUCUUCUCCAUAACAGAAACAUUCAAGAUUCCGGCCAUGAUUAUUCAUUGCAGCCUCAGCCGGGCGGAGGCGGCGGCGGAGGAGGAGGAGGAGGAGGAGGAGAUCUUGAACACUCUCAUGCUCUGUUCAACAAUGGAGUCAGAUGGGAAUUAUUUGAGUAAUUUAAGGAAACGAGGAAGAGAUGUCUCUGUUUCAGCUCCGAUCAUCAAUCCCCUCUGUUUUCAACCUCAGAUUAUUGAUCUUUCUCAGCUUCAUAACCACCACCAUCCUUCCAAUGUCGUAUCCACCGGACUCCGGUUGUCUUCCGGCGACCAAGGACUUAAUCCCCACCACCACCCGCCGCCGCGGAAUGAUGAUAAUCUUGUUUCUCUCUCUUCCUCUGUUUUCAUCUCCAAUGACUUUUCGUCUCAAAUCAAAGGGCAACGUGAUGAAAUUGACCAAUUCCUUCAAGCCCAGGAGGAAGAGCUCCGGCGGGCGUUGGCGGAGAAACGGCAUAGGCACUACCGGGAAUUGUUGGGGGCGGUGGAGGCAACGGCGGUGAGGAGGUUAAGGGAGAAGGAAGUGGAAGUGGAGAAGGCUACGCGUCGCCACGCGGAGUUGGAAGCACGCGCCGCCAGGCUGAGUAUGGAGGCGCAGGCGUGGCAAGAAAAGGCGAGAGCGGAGGAGGCAGCGGCAGCAACGCUUCAGGCUCAGCUGCAGCAGGCGAUAAUGAAGGGCGCCGGAAUCGGCGGAGGAGGAGACUGCACGGCGGAGGAUGCGGAGUCGGGUUACGUUGACCCGGACCGAGUCAUCGCCGAGUCUGGACCGAGUUGUAAAGCGUGUCGGAAGCGAGUCGCGUCGGUGGUUUUGUUGCCGUGUCGACACUUCUGCAUCUGUACGGUUUGCGAUCACGUGGUUCGCACGUGUCCGCUUUGUCGGGCCUUGAGGAAUUCCAGUGUUGAAGUUUAUCUCUCUUGAGGCCCAUUGGUUCAAGGCCCAAUUCUAA